UUAGCUAGCUGGAAUGUGCGUGGCUUUAAUAGUCAGGUGAAGCGAGCUAAAGUGUUCUCGUAUUUACGCUCCAUUUCAGCUGACAUAAUUUUCCUACAGGAGACGCACAUUAAGCAUGGUGAACAGAAGCGCCUAAAAUGUAAUUGGAUUUCCCAUGUAUUUCAAUCCACUUUUUCAUGUAGGGCCAGAGGGGUUGCAAUAUUACUGCGUAAUUUUGUUCCGUUCAAACAUAUUUCCACGUUAACAGAUCCUAACGGUCGUUAUAUUCUUGUCACCAGCUUAAUCGCCUCUAAACAUUUUACUUUUUUUUAAAUCUUUAUGGCCCUAACUAGACGAUCCUGCUUGAUGUCACACAGAAAUCUUGUGUCUGAUUUAGUUACCGAUAUUACUGUUACUGUUCAGUAAUAAUCAGUUGGUUUUACAGAGCUCAGAAGUCCCAAGCAGCUCUUGGUGUGAGCUAGAGGGUCUAAAGCGGAGUAUGCAGUUCCCGAUGGACCAAGACAUGCAAGUGUCUGCUCUGAUAACAGACAGAAAUCGGCAGGUGGCCAAGUGGGUACGUGAAGAAAUGUGUUCAGAAGGAACAAGGCAUUUCUUUGAUGUCUGGCAUAUUGGGAAAAGUAUACAAAGAGCACUGGAUGCUGCUGCAAAAGAGAGGGACUGUGAGGAUCUGAAGCUGUGGAGGCCAGCCAUUAUCAACCAUCUUUACUGGACCGCAGCUUCCACCCCUACAGGAGAUCCAGAUGAGAUGGAGGCAAAAUGGCAGAGUAUGAUAAAUCAUGUACAGGACAUACAUGAACACAGCACUCCUGCAUUUACCAGCUGCGCACAUCCACCGUUGGAAGGAGAGGCAAGAGACAAGGAGUGGCUGGAACCAGGAUCACCAGCAGCCACUAAACUGGAGAGUGUAGCUGCCAGGAAAGCACUGGUAAAGGAUAUUCAACAAUUGUCACCUCAGCAUCAGACAUUCUCCCUGGAGGCCUACCAUUCCCUCAUUCUGCACUUUGCUCCCAAACACACUGGCUUUUCUUUUCUUGGGAUGUACAGCAGACUUCUCUUAGCAGCCCUACAUUUCAAUAGUAAUGGCAACAGAGAUGUAGCUCGAACCAGUGAGGGUGAGGCACGCUACGCUGUUCGCUACCCGCGGUUUCGGAAAGGUGGCUGGGUAGUCCACCCCAUCAAGGAGAAACCAUCUUACGGUUAGUAGUUUCACUUAGUUUUUCAAUAUCUUUUUUAUGUGAAUCUAUCUUUUUUUUUAUGUGAGUCAACCAUUUUACUAAAUGUGUUCUAAACAUUUCUCUCCUUAAGGAUACGCAACAAAUCUUAUGGUCUCUCUGGUAGAGGAAUACUGCAAGUCACCACAGGCCCUACAAGAAAGCAG